UCCCAGCCCAAUGGAUCUGGGAAGCAGUGACUAUCGACCUCCAGAGCAGCGACGUUGCGGACGCGUGCUUUCGUGAAGCGGGCAGCAGCCGAGCAGCAGCCGCUGUUCACUGUAGGAAGUCGCUGAGGCACACGCGCUCGCUGCUCGAGCAUCGCUCCCUCUUGCACGCCGCUCGAUGUUCGAUGCUUCAUCCAGAUGCCACAUACGCCUGUCGCAGUGAGGCCUUUGGACCCAUUGCUACAGGUCGAAGCGCUGCCCGUCGAAUCCGAGACUCUCCUCGCUCACUUCCAUUAUUUCCUGCGAGCGAUCUGACCCCAUGGCUGCCUACGAAAAGGCGCUCCCAAGACUGCCCGCCGCCAUGCCUGUGGUGCCAUCUCGACAGUCCAAGUCUGUGGCUGCAUACCGGCGCCCGCAAUGCACCCACACGACUAUGAACCGCGUGCGUGGCGUUGAAUGCUCCAUGUGCGGCCGGGUGCCCGACAGUGGAUGGGUAUACCAAUGCCGACAGGACUAUAUUCGAAAGGAGGACAAUGUGCCGGCUCCUCUCAGCGCAUCGUCUGAUGUCGAUGGCAGCGACUCUUUCGCCGACAAAGCACGUGUCGCGGAACAACUGAAGAUAAACCCCAGCGUAAUCAACGGCAUUCGUGCAGGCAAUUUCACCACAAGCCAAGCGAACAAACUCAUCGCACAGAAGAAGAAUGUUCUACGCGCAAUACGUGAGCAGGAACAAGGAUUGCAGAAACCUCAGUUGAUGCCCUCGGCCAAUGGCAUCAUCGCAACUGCAGGCACAUCCCAAGUCACACCAGCGAAGCAGACGUUCACCAACCGACGAGACAGUGCAGCCCUGUCUCCGUUGGCCCCACCUGCAAAGUGUAACUACGCCAUCUGUGCAGCUUGUCGGCCAUACUUCUCUGACCGCCUGUGGGCCAGCUUUGAAACGAUACUCCACGAACAGACGCAAAUUACUGCUGCCGAUGCUGGAAGUCUGCCAAUGAUGGACCCUUUCAUCGCUCGCACAAUCGGCCUGCGUCCAUCGUUCGCAAAUACUCUCCGUGCUGUGCCAUCCCCGUACAGCACUGAGUUCAGCGAUAUGGAAGCCGAAUCCGCGGUAUCUGUUGAUUGGUCCGCUACGAAUAGUGGCGAAAGUGACGCUGGUUCCCCAGAAGUACCGGACAGAAACGAGCCUCUCCCUUGCCCUGGUCCCCUUCUCUGUCCCGUUUUCAGUCGCAAUCUUGGCUGCGCCUAUGAGAAUGAAGGUUUCGACGACGGCAAACGCUCAGAGAAUCAUGCGAUGACUCCAGAACAUUCGCGCAGCCAACUAAGCAACUAUACGUAUUUAGCACCGAGCACUCCGGGCGCUGCAUCGACAACGGCGUCUUCGGUGAGCCUGCCAAGUACGCCGACGGCCUCUUCGAUUUCCAUCCUCGGCCCCGAAGAUACACGCAAGACGGCCCGCGAGAAGCAACUGGAGAAUGGUGCCCGUCAGCAUGGCAGCACGCGCCUUGAUGUAGAAGAGGCUGCGGCGCAUACGCAGAGCACCGACAGCUCGAAAAACGAAGUGGAUGAUGGAGGUGGCGUGGCUCUCACUCACUAGAGAUUAGUGUUUGCUGCAGGGCAUUCGCGACAAGCAGACAUUGACCCCCAUAGCAAUUUCGU